AUGCCCGCGCCAAACGAAAAAAGGCGGAAGCUUCGGCUGAGCGACGAGCAGACGAAAAACACCGCGUUGCUCUAUAAUUUUGACAACCUGAACAGGCUCUUGUAUGGAGAUGGCCGCAUCUGUAUCGACCGUGAUAGCCCAGCCACGGGCGAAAACCAGUACAAGUAUUUUGGCGAGGCCAGCUGGGCGUUCAAUAAAGUGGUCAUGCCAAAGUUAGGCGUGAGACAACGACAGAGCGAGUUGCCGCGCCGCCGACGCCGCAAUCACGAUCCGUUGGAGGACCACGUCUAUGAGAUAUUCCACAAGCGAAUGAAAAAGGACGAACGGUCCCGAACGCUUACAGACAGGGGGCGCAUGUAUUUCGAAAUGGACAACGUGAAAUCGCAACUCGAGCUUCUUCUGCAGCAUGACUGGAACAAGCACUUGCCGCAACUCACUGUAAUCAAAGACCGCAGCGACGUCGACGAGCUAUUGGCGAAAAGACAGGCCACCAUCCGCGAACUCGAACGAACGCUUGCAAAAUUCGCCAACUGGGAGUCCCGCACCGCCAGUCUAGCGGCCGAAAUAAAGAGUUACGAAGGCCAUCCAGCGCAGGGCAAGAAUUUCCAGGACGACGACGCGGAUGACGACGACGAAUCCAUUUUGGACAAACCAUUGGAGCAGUUGGCCAAGCAAAGGCAGCAAAGCCGCUUGGCCAAACACGGAAGACCCUUUUCCAUACUGCUAGGGAACGGCCAUAAAAUCAGAUACAACCCAUACCUCACCCCUACGGUGGCCAUUGAAAGCUACCUGGAAUGA